AUCAAUUAUGCUAGAAAGUUCUGUUUUCAUGAAAGAAUUACGAAUCAUCCUGCAUAAAUUGGGAAAGCAGUUCUAGGUUUCAAGUAAUUGGGUUGGUCUUUCACCACUCUUUUUCGAUUUCGCCAUCUCUACUCGCCCAUUGUCUUUCUGUGAAUACUGCACAUAGACAGAAUGCAAGGACGCGGAGGUGGCAGGGAUCCUUUCUCCAAUUUUGGUGACCCUUUUGGUGGGUUUGGAGGGUUUGGUUCCUUUGGACCUCCCAGGAGUUUAAUGUCAAGCUUUUUUGGGGGUAGGGACCCGUUUGACGAUCCUUUCUUCACCCAGCCUUUUGGAGGGCUGUUUGAAUCUAGUUCCUUUGGUAGUUCUACUGGAUUUCCUUUUCCACCGGGUAUGCAUCCAUCUGGGUUUCUUCAGCAUCAAGUUCCAGGGAUGCAACCAUCCGGGUUUAUUCAACAUCAAUUCCCGCGGGUGCAUCCGUCUGGGUUCCUUGACCAUCAAGCUCCAGAGCCUAGUAGACAAAGGGGACCAAUCAUUCAGGAAUUGGACUCUGAUGAUGAAAACGAGGACACAACAGAAGAGAGGAAAGAAAAUCCAAGAAAGCAUAGUAGGUCAAAUGAUGAACCUUCAGUUGAACAUCCAGAUGAUGAAACUGAAGGGAAGAAGAGCAGACAUUUGUACUCUGGAAAUGAGUACAAUAGAGUCAUUACAACUGGGCCUCAGCCUCAAUCUCAAAGCUUCUACUUCCAGAGCUCAACAGUUAGCUAUGGUGGUGCAAAUGGAACGUAUUAUACCUCCUCAAGGACAAGAAGGAGUGGGAGUGAUGGAGUGACCUUUGAAGAGAGCAAGGAGGCUGAUAGUUCAAAAAGAGAAGCUUCUCACUUAAUUUCUAGAGGCAUUCAUGGCAAGGGUCAUUCCCUCUCCAAGAAACUGCAUUCUGAUGGUAGGGUGGAUACUAUGCAGACUUUGCACAAUAUAAAUGAAGAGGAACUUACUGGCUUUGAAGAAGAAUGGAAAAAGAAGGGUCAAAACUAUAUGCCUGGAUGGACUGGGAGUAUUGAAGCUAGCGGUAGUAAUGGACAGGCUGAGCAGGCGAGGCGGGGAGGUUGGGCACUUCCGUCAUCGGAGCAUAGCCAUCAGGUGACAGGAAUAUCUGAAUCAAAUGAAGUUGGUUCUUCUGGCGAAUACAGGAGAGCAAGGGCACAUUCAAACGGUGGCAGUCCAUACAACCGUCCAGGAGUAGGGCGUGGCCGAAAUUAAGGCUUUAAUGUUGCUAAAAUACUUAGAAUCAAUUAGCGAUGUACACAGCGUCCUCAUGUUAGUUAGUACUGUUACUCUUAUGCGUUUCUUCUUCCCUUUCCCUACAGGUAUAUCACCUUACUACUGUUACUGUUAAUAUGUUUCUUCUUCCCUUUC